AGGAUGCAGUCCAUCGCGAGGAUCGCCAUGUCCAUGAUACUGGUGUCAUCGGCGUUUGCCGCCUACCAGACCAGCGCGAAGCUUCGGCGAGACGGCGUGUUGAAUCUGUACCCCUUCCCAAGGGUGGGCCGCGCACAUCACACAUGGGAGGUGCCGCUUAAUGACUUCUAUUUAGAAUACAAGCCAGCAGAGAAACGGCAACUAUACGCGUUUCCCCGCGUCGGGCGCAGCGAGGUCCGCGAGCACCCCAGCCUGUACCGCCUUGAGGACCUGUUCCACCGCCAGAACGAGAAGCGAGAAGGCGAGAACGGAGACAGCACCGGGAUGUGGUUCGGGCCCAGGCUAGGGCGCGCCUACAAGAGCGAAGAGGACUACCAAGCAAACGAGCACAGCGAGCCAGAACACAUCGACCCCGAACUCGAGAGAAAGAAGAGACACUCUAACCAAUAAGUACCAUCCGACUGAAGCAACCCUUUUAGUUUAAGACAGUUACACCCCUGACACAGCGGUGCCAACGAUUACGUAUACAGGGUGGCUGGCACUAAUGUCCCUAACUAUGAAUUUGACAGAUUUUAGAAUAAACAAUUCUACAAUUUUUCUGGGUGAAGUGUUUUUGGAAAAAGUUACUUGAUCAGUCAAUUAAUAAUAAAGGUGGAAUAUUAGAAAAUUACAGCUCCUUUGCCAUUCUGUUAUAAACAUACUGUCAAUUUUCUAUUUGAAUUUAUGGCAAUCGAUUAAUAAAAAUGAUAAUGUGGGGAACUUGCAUGAAGAAAUAUGUUAUUAGAUUUUUUGAUUAAGUCGCAGAGCUCUUUGUGGUUGUUAACGAUAAACUAGGUUUCGGAUAUAAUAAACAAGAGGAAAGAAAGGGUAAUUUCAUGGAAGGAAUAGAUGGUAUUUGAUCUUCAAAUGUUUUCUCCGACUUGAUUGGUUGGCUUAGGAUUAUGGUGUAUAAUACUACGGUUGUACUAAAAAAAUGGACCUUUUCAUUAAAUAUUUAAAAUAAGCAUUGAUUUGUUGCCAAUUAUCAGAUAACAGCUGUCACUUUCUGUCUUUUUAAAAUUCAGGGGAUAAAAAGACAACAUCAUUAAGGACCACACAGAACUAAAAAGACUUCAGAUGAACCGUAAUCGCAUGUGACAAACAAAAACAAUUAUCAUGAAUUUAUCACGUCGCUAGUAACUUAGUAACUUCGCUCUCAGUUCAUUUCGCUCGUGAUAUGCUGGUGCCAGCGAAAUGCACUAUGAAUCAAGUUCAUUUCUGCCCAUUUGCUACACACCCUGUAUAAUUACUAAUUUAUUUCAAAUUAUUUACGUAUACGAAAUGAAACGUUACCGUCAAAGUUAUUGUGACUUAUGUGUAUAUUCGCUAUUAUAUAAUUAAUAUAAACCUAAUCCUAACUAGGAAUAAGUUCUGCGAGGGUGGGUCCCAAGGCUGGAUGGAUUUAUUUGUGUAAUCCAUGGGGCCGCUUUCGUAAAUUUGUUGUUCAUAUUAAUAAAGUAUAAAUAGUAAUUGUUUAUAUGCGCCAGAUUAUUGAAACAAUAAAAGUGACGCUGAUACGCGCAAA